AUGGCGGCAUCAACGGAUUGCAGAAAAGGAAAGGUAGUCGACUCCUUGGACGAGUACAUUGCGGUGAACUGCAGAGCCCACAACGCUUCCAUAACAGAGUUCGGAGCAGUUGGGGACGACAAAACUUCCAAAACCAAGGCGUUCAAGGACGCCGUGGAUCACCUCGCCCAAUUCUCGUUGGACGGCGGGUCACAACUCUACGUCCCCGCCGGGAAAUGGCUGACCGACAGCUUCAGCCUGGUCAGCCACUUCACUCUGUUUCUCCAUCAGGACGCCGUUCUUCUUGCCUCCCAAGUAGGGCUGUCACUCGGUCGGUUUCGGUUUAACCGAAAACCGAAUUGUCGGUUAUCGGUCAAACCGAGACAUCGACCAGAGCUACCGCCAACCGACCGCCCGUGA